UUUUUUAAUGGAUAAUAAAAAGAAAUUAAAAAAGAAGGUUGAUGAUUCUGAUAGUAGUGAUUUGGAUGAAUAACUAAAUGAGAUAUCUAAGAAAUAUAAGUAAAUGAUUAGAUGAUAAGAAUAAAGAAAUCGACCCAGACCAGAAAAGUAGGAAAUUCCAAUAUUAAAAAAAGUGAAGCCACCUGAACCUCCUCCUUAACCACCAUAACCUACAGCUUUACCAUAAUUAUCUUCAUUUAAAAAGAGUGAUAGUGGUGCAUAUAAAGUACCAUAACAUUUACAUAAAAAUUAUCCUCAUGCAGUGUAUUAAAUAUUAGAUUAAUUAAAAAUAGACGACUCUAUUUAGGUAAUCUGCCAGAUAAUGUUGAUAAGGAUCAUCUACACAAUUACAUAAGAUAAUAAAUGGAAUCUCAUGGAGCUGUAUUAGAUCCUGGAGAUCCUGUUAUUUAAGUGUAAUUACAACCAGGUUAAAAAUAUUGCUUUGUGUAAUUCAGAAGUAUUGAAGAGACAGAAGCAGCUUUAUAAAUUGAAACUAUUAAUUAUUAAGGAAAACCACUCAAAUUCAAAAGAGUUAAAGAUUAUGAUAUCAGUCCACGUAUUGAAGGUGAAAGGGAAGUCCCUAAAAUAUUACCUAAAGAACCUGCUUAAAAAUUAUUCGUUUGUGGAUUAGCACCUGAUACUGAUAAUGAUGCUUUAGCUAAUAUUCUAAGCGAAUAUGGAAAUUUAAAAUCAUUAAAUGUUGUUAGAGAUACUAAAAAUGUUUGUAAAGGAUUUGCUUUCUGUGAAUUUGAAACUGAUCUAGAAACUUAAAAUUGUGUUAAUGGAUUAAAUAAUAAAGUUAUUGGAGGUAGAUUAUUAUAGGUUAAAAAAAAUGCUUAAUUACCUACUCCUACUUAAGAUUAUAUUAUUGAUACUAUUACUUUAGGAGAAUAAUCUGCAUUUGAACUUAAAUUAUAAUAAAUUAAUUAAAUGAAAGUUAGUAGUGUUGUUGUUAUUAAUAAUGCUGUCAGAAUUAAAAAUAUUGAAGAUGAUUAUGAAUUUAAUUUUGUUGUUAAAGAUUUAAAAAAAGAAAUUGAAAAAAUUGGUAGAUUGAUUAGUAUGGUUGUCCCAAGAAAAAAAGAUGGCUAUUCAGAAGGAAUUGGAAAAGUUUUUGUUGAAUUUGAAAAUGAAUAAUUUGCCAAAAUUGCUAUCAUUCUUUUAUAAAAUAAAAAAUAUGAUGGAAGAGAAAUUGAUAUUGCAUUCUAUGAUCCAAGAUUAUAUGCAGAUAAAUAAUAUUGA